AUGACGCUAGUAAGCUCCCUAGUUUCGUGGACCGUUUUGUUUUCUUUAGCCAUCUCGCCGAGUUUUGGCUCACUACCAGAGAGAGCCCGAACAAGCUAUACUAAGUCCGGUGAUUUUGUCAUUGGCGGCUUGUUCGCAACGUAUUUCUCCUAUUACGGUGUCUGUGACUACGGCGUGUUGGAGGAGUCCCUGGAACAAUCUGAACUGAUGAUCUUCGCCAUCGAACAGCUCAACAACCGCUCAGACCUGCUACCAAAUGUCACACUCGGCUUCGACAUUCGCAACUACUGCGGGGACGAGUCCAUAGCGGCAUCCCUAGCACUGUCUAUGGCCGGGGUGAUCGACUCAGAGAACGGUACAUCUGGACCUCAUGACCGAGGGCAGUUCAUCGGAAUUGUUGGCGCUGGGGGAAGCUCCUCGAAUAUCGCAACAGCCCUUGUCACAACCGUUUAUGAGAUUCCUGUCGUGGCAUACAGAGGAUCCACAAUCGAACUGAGUGACAAGCGCCGAUUUCCGUACUUUCUUCGCACCUGGCCUUCUGCCAGUCUCCAGGCCGGGGCAAUCGUUGAUAUACUCCUGCAGUUUAACUGGUCUUAUGUCGGUCUGAUUUACUCCGUCAACAGUUAUGGCAUACACGGCGCCCAAGAAGUUCAGCGACUGGCAGAGAAGAGUGGCAUCUGCCUGGCUUAUUCUCUGCCCAUUCGUGCCUCAGCAACCGAGAAUGAGAUCCAAGAGAUCGUGGAUAAAAUUUUUGAAAUCAAAGAUGCCACUGUGAUCGUUUUCAUCACACAUUUAUACUCAGGUGAUCAUUACAAGAUUUUACAGAAUCUUUGGAAGACUUACCCCAAUCACCCAGGGUUGAGGCUGGUAUCAAGUGACACCUUUGGGCAUGUUUCCACCCUUGAGGAACUGGGUAUUGCCAAUAUGACGACAGGAAGCUUUGCGAUACGUAACUAUUUCAGAGAGGUUCCUGGAUUUGUAAACUAUUUCCAGGAAGCCCAGGCAGAUGGACAUGAGCAGAGUCCGUGGCUCCAAGCUUCGAUUGAGGCCUGUAAAAGAAAGGAUGAGUGUCCUCUAACAACUGAAGGUAACAAGCACCAUGUGGUGAAUGCCGUCUAUGCAUUUGCAUGGGCCCUCGAUGAAAUCCUGCAAGCAGACUGCGAUGGGAAAUUAGCUUGUCUUACCAACGGCACGGUCACUGGGACAGCUCUGGUAACCCAUCUCAAAGACAUCAAAUUCAAUGGUGUUGACGGCGUGUUCCAGUUUGACGAAAAAGGUGACCCGGUGGGCAAGUACGCAGUGCAGAGCCAGCAGUAUCAAGACGGCACCUAUUCGGAUAUUGACGUAGGGAACUGGGACUCCCGCGGAGUAGCCGGAGACCAAUUGCAUAUUCGUGCGGGAAGCCUUCCGUGGGUCGAUGGAGGAGUCGUAGCGCCGAGGUCCGUCUGCCGGGAAGAAUGUCGCCCAGGCUACAAAGUCAUACCGCUGGAGGAGAAAUGCUGUUACGGCUGCCAGAGAUGUCAAGACAACGCAGUUGUCGUGGACGAUAGCCGUUGCGUCGAGUGUGGCAUGUUCCAGUGGCCGUCAGAAGACUUCACCGUCUGUCAGAACAUAAUUCCUUCGUUUAUCGAUUGGCAGAAUGCGGUGAUGAUUGUCGUGCUAGUCCUAUCCUCUAUGGGUGUUGCUCUGACCCUCUUAACGGGCUCAGGAAUGUUGUACUACCGUCGACACGCUCUGAUCAAGGCGACUGGUCGAGAGCUGAGCUUCGUCAACAUGGGCGGUAUCUUGAUUACAUUCGUGGCGGUGUACAUGAUGCUUGCUUAUCCGACCACGGUCUCCUGCUUUGUGUCCGAGUUGCUGAUUGCACUCUGCAUGACGCUCACCUUCGCCCCGACCACGCUCAAGGUCAACCGUAUCUAUCGGAUCUUCCAAGCUGGGAAGAGGUCUACUAAGCGACCUAGAUUCAUUGGACCGCGGGAUCAGCUGGUCAUUGCUUCUGUUCUGACCUUCGUACAGCUCCUCAUCAGCAUAUGUUCUGUCAUCUGGGCGCCUUCGCUGCCGAAGCUUUACCAGCAGUCGAAGUAUAAGAACUACGUGGAGAUCUUUUGUGAGUUCGGCCGAGGGUUCCUGGCCUCAUGCGUGUACAACCUGCUACUGAUCCUGGUCUGCUGCUACUACGCCUUCAAGACACGUAAGGUACCCAGCAACUACAACGAGUCCAAGUUCAUCGCAGUCAGCGUCUAUUCCACGCUGGUGCUGUGCCUGGCCGCCGUGCCUGUCUACACUACGGCCGUGGCUGUGCUGCAGAAGGUGGCUACUCUCUGCAUGGCGCUGCUGCUCAACGCCUACCUGACGCUGGUCUGUGUCUACCUGCCCAAGCUCUACGCUGCUCGCUUCGUUGAGGAUUUGGAGGUAGCAGAUUGGCGAAGCCGGUCAGAGGCCACCACUCAAAGCCGUGCAAGCACUUCAGCCAACGCUUCAGGCAUCAUUAGUAGGCCGCGACACGUGAAGGUACAUCCUCAUCCCAGCACUACUAACACCGGGCCACUCUAAUUCGGCACAUUUAGGAUAAUGGUCGGUCAACAACCAAAUGGCUCGACUCGACUCUCUCAUUCCUUUGAGGCGGUAAAAUCAUAACAUGCGUUCUACCUAUUAGCCUGGCCUGUGUGACAGGUAAUUCUGU